AUGGCGUCGACCACGUGCCCUAGACCUCCUCCACCAGAAACGCCACAAAAAGUCGUCCUUAAUUCAACAACCCAAGAAAAAGAGUCGGAAAAACUAACCACGCCAUCUGUUAGUUCAGAUUCCAAAACCCCAUUAUCCAGCGGGCCCCAACAAGCCUCCACUACAGUUGACCCCGAAGCCCCUGAUGCCACAACCUCUAGGGACACCUCCGUUGACCAAGAAAAGAAAACAUCCGACCCUGGAAGCAUGAAGAACAGCUCUGCUUCUCUACCCAAGACCAGUGGGAGUGCGAAAAUCAGUGAAAAGGCUGAAUUUGUGGAGAGCGGGAAAAGUAGCAUUUGCCGAGCGAGCACGUGCAGUGACAUCAGUGAUGAGAGCACAAGCAGCAGCUUCAGCAGUGGCGUAAACAAACCCCAUAAAGCAAAUGAUGUGAGGUGGGAGGCGAUCCGGGCCGUCCGAUCCAGAGAUGGUGGGGUCCUUGGGCUUAGCCAUUUCAGGCUGCUCAAGAGGUUGGGGUGUGGAGAUAUCGGGAGUGUCUAUUUGGCCGAGCUGAGUGGGACUGGGUGCCAUUUUGCGAUGAAGGUCAUGGACAAGGCGUCGUUGGCGGGCCGGAAGAAGCUGCUGCGGGCCCAGACGGAGAGGGAGAUACUUCAGUCAUUGGAUCAUCCCUUUCUGCCGACUCUGUAUAGUCAUUUUGAGACGGAUAAGUUCUCGUGCUUGGUGAUGGAGUUCUGCCCCGGUGGGGACCUGCACACGCUCAGGCAGAGGCAGCCGGGGAAGUAUUUUUCUGAGCAGGCCGUGAAAUUCUACGUGGCCGAAGUUCUCCUCUCCCUCGAGUACCUCCACAUGCUGGGUAUCGUUUAUCGCGACCUAAAGCCCGAGAACGUCCUUGUCCGGGACGACGGCCAUAUCAUGCUCUCCGACUUCGAUCUCUCCCUCCGCUGCUCCGUGAGCCCCACCCUCGUCAAGACGUCGUCCAUCGACUCCAACCCCCAAAACCGAAACCCCACCUACUGUGCACAGCCUGCCUGCAUCGAGCCCACCUCUUGCAUUCAGCCUUCAUGCGUCAUCCCCACAUCCUGUUUCGCCCCACGCCUUUUUUCCUCCAAAUCCAAGAAAGACCGGAAAAAACAGCAGCCACCGGCCCGGAACGAGCUGGGCAGCCAGGUCAGCCCGCUUCCUGAGCUCGUGGCCGAGCCCAGCAAUGCCCGCUCAAUGUCGUUUGUCGGGACCCACGAGUAUCUUGCCCCUGAGAUCAUCAAGGGGGAGGGCCACGGCAGUGCGGUCGACUGGUGGACCUUCGGGAUCUUUCUGUAUGAGCUCCUCUUUGGGAAAACCCCAUUCAAGGGGUCGGGCAACCGGGCCACGCUCUUCAACGUCGUGGGCCAGCCCCUCAGGUUCCCAGAGUCUCCGGUGGUUAGUUUCGCGGCCCGGGACCUGAUCAGGGGCCUGCUCGUCAAGGAGCCCCAGCACAGGCUGGCUUAUAAACGUGGGGCCACCGAGAUCAAACAGCACCCAUUCUUUGAGGGGGUGAAUUGGGCCCUGAUACGUUGCGCCACGCCUCCCGAGGUCCCAAGGCCCGUCGACUACGAGAGGUUGCCUGGGCCAAGCCCAGGCCCAAAUCCGCCUGCUGGUGAGAAGGCGGCAGCUGAUCAGAAAGGCGGACAUCGCGUGGAUCCGAUUUUUAUGUUAAAUCUCGACUUUUCUUUAGACGCUAUACGUUUUUCUGUAUGUAUGCUGAUGCGUCAUUUGGUGCCGACUGUUUAUGUCUAUCGACCACCACGCAACGAUAGCUGUGAAUUGCGGUGUGACCGGAAUCACUUUUUGAAUGCGCUUUUGGCUCGAUAA